CAACUGCAUCACGCUCCUCCUUCGUAACUGGUGCCGAUCACCAGGAAUAAACCAGCCACUCCAGCACGCAAUGCCAAGGGCCUUAUACGUACUGUACAUGGCAUCUAUUUGCUUUCGUCGCAUCUUGGCGCAUAAAUACCUCCGGCCCAUUGACGUGUCCCAACCCAAGCAUCACCGAGUCGUGUGGCAAGGAUUGCACUUUUUAAGACCAAUAUCGAAAUCGUACAUAUAAACAUGACUGGGAAGCAGAUAAAGGCAUCCAGAGCUGACGCGAAGCUGGAAAGGCUUGCCUCUGGUGUAGUUACCGGCUUUUCGUGGCCUGAUUUGUCCAUCCAAAAUCUUAGCAAUCAAUCAGUGCGCAGUACAAAAGCGAGCGUAUUCCCAUCCCCAAGGGACUGGGCCGGUUCUCUUUGCUCUUGCCCUACGUUUCCUUCGGAUAGGCUGGGGCAAGGUGAAGAGCAAUACACCAUACGAGCGCAACAUGUAGCCUUUGAGCAAUUGCCCGUGGCUGACUAGGCUUCACCUCCCAGAGAGGAAACCACGUGUUGUGGCAGACACCUACUACAUUCGUGCCGAGUGAGGCUCCAGCCAUCAAACCUUCCGCAUUCCUGGGUCUUGGACGGGGAGGCCCGCCGGACCGCAGUGGCAGGAUGAAGAGCUGAAAGCAGAACAAAGAGAAAAGGGCGGAGUGCGGCCCAGGCAAUUUCUUCUUUUUCUUCAAUUUUUUUUUCGUUCCAUUGGUAGGAACAAAGGAGUGACCAUGGAGCAAACCUCCUGUGAUUUCCUUUUAGCUGUCCAUAAAAACGCUCGUCGAUCAUCCCACCAUCCAAGCUUGAUACUGAUCAAUCUUGAUUCACUCGCUUGCACUCUCACCAGCCUCGGCUACAUCAUAGCUAUUCCCACCGUCAAUCGCUGCCAAAGACACCUUCGACCGGUGGCACCUCGGCUCCCACUGGCCUUGCCGCUAUUCUCAACCGCCACUCCCCUUCUUUUUGCGACCUGAGGUGCCAAUACAGAACCACGAUAGCGCUCGAGAUGCUACCACCGAAAUCCCCCCCGGCCAAGAGCACAUGCAGCUCCAUCUACUCCUGGUACUGGGCCACAUCGGCGGCCCCGAUGCCCAUCUCGCCCGACCGCCGGCUCUCGAAGCAGUCGCUGGCGCGGUGGGAUGGCAUCAGGGAUCUCUGGCCCGCGGACCCCUCCUCUCCGGGCCGCCGCGGUGCAGACCCCCCCAAGACUUCCCGGGAGCGCCUCUACAUCUGGGAGCAGCCCGGGGAGAACGCGCUCGCUUCCAUCAGCCACCACUCCGACCCAUACCACCGGCACUGCGAACCGCAACAACACCCGCUUGGAAAGGCAACGCCCAUCGUCCUCGAAGCACCGCCGGCUUUCGACGAGACCUGCAGCCUUCCCGAGCUCACAUACGCCGGAUCCUCCACCGGCCCGGGCAGCCCUUCCUCCUUCUAUACCUCCUCCCCCGAGCCAGACGAGGAGGCGGUCUCGGUGAUUGCGACAGACUCUGGUGGAGACUUCGACGGCGGUGACUACGACGACAGCGACAACGACCCCCAGGACCUCAUCCGCCACAUAGUCGCAAUGGCGGCCGCGGACCUGCGCGCAAAGGCCUCGGGCCGCUCUUCGGGGAGCAGGAGUAGCGGCAACAGCAACAGCAGCAGCGCCACGACGCCGACGACGACGACGGACCAGGAGGCAAGCGGGCCGUUCAAGCUCCGCUGGGACGCCCCGGUCUUCACGCCGAUGGUCCGGUGAUCUUUGGCUUGGUGGAAAGGGCAAUCAACCCCCCCCGAGCUCGGGCGGGUUGACACGACACAACAGGGUGGUGAGAGCGGGAGAUAAUAGGGAAGAAGGGGAAAGCAACACUGUCGGCCUGGACAAACCAGGUGAUGCUUGGCAUAAUGUGUUCAGCCACCCCUUUACACAUCGUUUCUUUUUCAGAUGCUUCCUCUCAUGGAUGCGACGAGACCACAUCCCGAGAAGGAGACUCGAGUGGUUCUCCCCUGCGGGAGAACGGAUAGGGAACGCCGGGCAUGAUAGAGUGCACAGGAGAAGCAGGAGUUCUAGGUUCAUUACCAGGUCACUAGACUAGCGAAUAUUAGAGAGAGGCCCAAGCCC